UGAGAAAACCUUUUUUCUAACAGGUUAAAGUCAAAUUGAAAUUUUUUGAAUAAUAUAUGUACACACAUCGAAGUCAGCGCUGUACGAACCUAUCGUCAGAUUUAUUGUAGCUACUAGGAUUCACGAGAAAGAACAAAAAUAAGUUUGUUGUUAAACUUUUUGCCACCACUUUAUAUGAUUAAGUAUCUAGGAAAUAAAAAGAUAUUUUUUCUCGAAUAUACUCUCUAUUUACUCGACCAAAUAGUUUUUAUACUGUUAUUCAAUAUCUAUCGCUCUAGUGAGAAAAUAGUAACGUUCGCCGAUAAAGUGAUUUCAGUAUAAUUGAUGCUAUUAUUAAAUUUAUUAAAUUACAUUAUUAUAUUAUUAUUUUUAUUAAAAUUUCAAACGGGUGAUCCUUGUUGUUAAAAUGUAGAAUCUUUCAAAUACUUUCUUUAUAUCCUUCUUUUUGCCAUUUUAUUGUGAAUAAUAGAAUAGAAAAGACAUAGGAUACAUGUGGUCAAGUAAACAGAGAGCUUGUGCAGUUAUGACAUACCAAAUCAAAAUAGUAUAAGUUAAGUACAAGUUAGUAUUCGCAAAAAGUUCAAUCAAAGCUCUUUCAAUACGUGAGAUAUAUACAGUGCAUCAACACCCUCGACCGAUAUUUCCCCCUCUUUUCUUAUUUACAGAACUAGCCAUAUGAAGCAAAAUGAAAAAAAAAGACAGUUGAAAGAAUGAAAAAAUCAAGUGAGGUGCACAGUUAGAGUGGAUGUAUGCUGAUGAAAAAAUAAUAAUAGGAAGAUUUCAGCGUAUAACAUCGAUUUUGUGACCUUAAAAACGGUGAUCUCUAUUUUACCCAUUCUAAUUCCAAUUUUGUCUGAAUCCUAAUUUUGCUCAGGCAAAUUCCCAAUUUGCCUGGAUUCCAAGUUUGUCCAAGUUUGGGUUCCAAGUAAAAAUUUUCUGCCUGUUAUUCACUCGAAAUGCUGCAAUGAACGUUUGUACAUAUUAUUUUGCAGUUUAUCCAUUGUAUUAUAAUGAACAGUAUUGAAAUUUAGUAACCUAAUUAUUUUACUUAAUCCAAAACAUACCUGGUAACGAUCGACAAGAAUGUAAAUUAAAAGUCUGUAGAACGACUAGCUUUUUAUAAUUUAUUUCUUGCUCCGUACAGUCUUGUUUUAUAGUAUAAUACAAGGUCAAUCAGACCAAUAACAAAAAAGCAUUUUAGAUAAUAUACUGACUGUGAACGUAAAUGAAUUGUGUCUUUUUUGAAAAGUGAAUAUGCAAUCGUUCUCCGAAAAUAUACUCUGAAGGAUAGUCCUGAAGCCACUUUUCUAUUAAAUUUUUAUCUAUAUUAACUUGUGUUUAAAAAUUUAAUAUUUAGCUCAAAAAAUGAAGAGUUUAAUUCUCUUGGAAAGUGUCGAUUUUGUUUUGAAAUUAUUUUCGAGAUUUUAGCAGAAUAUUCAUGAUAUUAAAAUAUUCUAAUUUUCUAAAACAGCACAGAAUAAACUUAACUUCUUUAGCGAAGCGUUGCUGUUCUCUCAGUUCAACUUACAAAUAAUUAUUUAUUUUAAUAAUUAUCGUCAAAAGAUGCAGAAUUUUAUGUUGUACAAUCUGACACUAUUUGUGUUAAAUGAUUAUUCUUUUUUGCGAGAAGGAAAGCCCUAAAUUGACUGACUUACGUAGAAAAUCCAUAUUAUCGGCAUUUUGCCCUCAAACUCAAAUUUAAAUUCAUGCAUUUUACAUCAGAAGAUGCAGAAUUUCUCACUUUACAAAAUUACAUGUACCAGAAAGAUAAAAUUCUAAAUUUAAUUUUAAAAGUGUAAAAUAAUAUUAGAUGCUACUAAAGAUGGAUCCUCCUAAACACCUUUGGAACUUUUAUGAGAAACUCGACUUAGAAGAAUUUUGCUUUGCCACAUGAAGUAUGGGGUUUUGUACAGAAUUUCACGCUGAAUUUAAUGGUAUAUUGUGUUCUGGUUAAUAAAUCGUUUUUAUUCAAAUACGCUGGAAAGAACUUCAAUUAGAUAGGUGAUCAAUUUUCAUAACGUAACAUUUUAGUAUUUUUAUUUCCAUAGCGAUGAUUCAAAAUUAAUUUCAAAAUUUUUUUCAAGUCGACAGUUUCCUAGAGAAUUAAAUUCUCUAUCUUCUGAGCUAACACAAGUCAAUACAGAUAAAAAUUUAAUAGAAAAGUGACUGCAGGACUUGUGGACCACCAUUUAGUUGGAAACUGGAAUUGUGAGACUAGAUAUGGAAAAAUUCUACUUAACUCGACUCUGAGUGCGCAAACAGACAACUUCACUUCAACUAAAGUUUCAACAACUUUCAACUUUACAUUAAUUCGAUUUAGAGCCAUUAAGUUAGAAAACACUAGUCGUUUUACGAAAGCAGAAUCCAUAUUACAAAUAUAGAUGCUGCUUUCGUGAAACGAUUAGAACUUUCAACUUCAACUUCAAAUUUCAUCUAAAACAAAACAAAUUCUAAAAUUAACGUUUUGCUGCUUUGAAUGUUUAUUCAAUAGUUAUAGUUUAGUUAAAAACGCUUCGUUUCCAAAAUCCGAGCUUUUAAUUUACUACGUAAACGACAAAAAGGCCUUACAUAAUAGUUAAACUUGAAAGUUUUCAGUAUUCAUUAAUGAAUACAUAACAAUACAUUACAAUUGCAUGAACUUUCGUGUAUUCAGGGCUUCAAAAAAGUUAUAUCAGAACAAUGAACAAACGUUAGUUAUUCGGUCACGUACUGGUUAAUUUUUUUCUUUCGUUACGUAAAAACAGGAUCGGAUAUAUCACGAUUUUGUUCAUUAAAAGUUUUUUUUUGCUCAUUUUAAUGAAAAAUAUAAGUUCAUAGAUCAGAGAAGGUCGUAGUUGUUUGUAUAAUAAUGUUAGAUCAGCUUAGGCUUCGUAUGAGAAUAUGAAUGCAAAAUCAACUCGUUCAACAUUUUGUCAAAUAGUUAAGUAGAGAAGAAGUACUUAUUUAAACAAACUGUACUAAAGCAGAAAAAUAUUAAAUUUUCUUUUACUCCAAGUAAAGAUGUCUUGAAAAUGAAAAAAAAUGUACUGUUAGCAACCAUGAAGCAAAAAGUGAGGGCCUUGUGUUCGGACUAUAUAAAGAAUUAUUUCCGCUCAAUGAACUCAUAAAUCAUUUUAAGUAAAUCUAAUCAUGACCUAUAGUACAAAUUGGUUCUGCAGCAUUAUUCUAUUCAUAUGUUUAUUAUCAGUAAGUAAAACUUUGUUUAGCUUUAUGAGAUGUUUAAUCAAACUGUAUUUUGAUUUAUUUCUUUAUUUUAUUUCAUAGAGCACUUCUGAAGGCUUACUAUGGCGUUUAGAUGAAGUAAAAUCGGCUUAUUUCUUUGGCACUGCUCGUUUGCCAGCUCCUCUCACUUGGCCGUACAUCUCUAAAACAGUAAAGGCAGCUUUCUCCGAUAGUACUGACGUGUACGUUGAAUUUGACUUCACAACUCCUGAGUCAGUGGCCUUACUUAAAAGUUGUCCAGAUGCAACCACGUCAACCAUAUCAACUGAAAUUCAAAAUAAUAAAGAUAAACGACAAGUGUCGCAAGAAAAUCAACCAGAACAAACACAAUUAUUAGACAAUUUUUUUUCGUUAGAAGCACGUCGUUCGCAUAAAACAGUGGGUUCUUUGGAAACAUAUGAAAUGUAUUGUAAAUUUACAAAAUUUCAAACUGAAAAAAUCGCAACCGCGAUAAAAACGACUGAGACCAGUUUAACAAAUGAACAAUUUAGUGGCACCAUUGAAAAACUCGCCCAUGAAUACAAUUGUGAAAAUUUUGAUAGUUUACAACAGUCAAAUAGCGAAAAGAGGAAACAGGAUACUUCUUCCGUUCAAAAAUCCGAUGAUAUGAUGUUGGAGCAUAAUACUGCUAUAGCCGAAACGGUUAAUAAUAUACUAAAAAGAUCUUCAUCAAAAGAAAAGUUCUUUUUUGCUGUUGAUGCAGCGCAUUUGGUUGGUGAGAAUAGUAUCAUAUCAUUAUUACGAAAAAACUAUGGAUAUUCAAUAAGUCAAUUAAAAUUCAAUAAAAUGGAUAUUCUCCCUAAUGAAUUAUUUGUAAUGAUUUUUGAGUAUUUAACACAUUUUGAUAUUCUCCACACAUUCCUAGGAAUCAAUGAACGUAUUGACUAUUUAUUGGCACAGUAUACGACCGAUAUUGAUCUGAGACAAUGUACGAUUGCCCAAUUUGAACAUUAUUGUCAUCAUGUUAUUCCAAUCAUUGGUAGCUAUGUUAAAUCAUUAAAAUUAAGUAAUAAAUAUUCCUGUGGACAAAUAGAAUUAGGCGAAUCAAAAAAUCUUCUGAGUAACUUACCUUAUUUGGAAUCAUUAUCGUUGUAUAACGUUGAAUAUGAUGAUACAUUACUGUAUUAUGUUAACUAUGUUAAAUUAAAAGAAUUAACAAUAGAAAAUGUUACUUGUGAAAAUUGGACGAUGAAAAAUGACCGGUAUCUGAAUGUUUUUAGUAAACAUUCAGAAUUAGAUAAGUGCCAUUUGCUAGGAGGUUUGUCAUUGAAAUGUGAUAUUAAACCAUGCUGCAUUAAAGAAUUGAGAAUCGAUUUACAUACAUAUAAUGAUUUUCUCAUUCUAUUAGAUAAUCUACCGUUAAUUCAUCGUCUACAUGUUGAAAUAUUAUAUCGUCAGGAUUCUAAUGCAUAUUACAAGUACCAUCAACUUGCCGAUAAAUUACCAUAUCUAGUCAGUUUUACAUUUCAUGUUCGUACAUCAAAUAAUUUAUAUGGAAAAUUUGAAUCGAUUAUUAAAAAUUUACCAAAAUUAGAAUAUUUAUCAUUCAUAUUAAUUGAAUAUGAUCAUGAUCAUUUACUAGAUGGAUAUCAUUUACAAAAUAUGCUAAUGAAAUUGAAUUAUUUAACAGAAUUAAAAUUUAAUAUUAUCUGGGAUACAAUUUAUUUGAGUAAAACGGUAACAAUUGAACAAUUAUCUCAAACAUUUCAAACAGAUUUUUGGAAACAAUGGAAAGUUGGAUGUUAUUUUGAACAACGAAAAAAAUCAUUUAUAUUAUUUACCCUUCCAUUUCUAUAUGAACAUUUUUCUGUUUCACAAGAAUCAUUUCAAUUUGAUAAAUUUAAUGCAUUUAAUAAUGUACGUGAUCUUCGCAUUUAUUCUGAAAAUAUUACAAUUGAAAUUUUACGAAAAUUAUUAACAGAAUCAUUUCCAAAUGUAAAUUCACUUUGUCUAUGCAAUGAUUGUUCAUUGAAUGUCAAUAAUUAUUCAAUUGUAAUAAAUCAAAUUCAUGAAUUAACAUUAUUAUCAUCUAAUUCUAAUUAUCGUAUACUAUUAUCAAUGCCAAAUAUAAAACAAUUGAAAUUUGAUUAUCAAAUGUCGAUGAAAAAUAUUAUUGAAAGAAAAAGCAUUCUCGAAUUGUAUAUAAUAAAUUGUGAAACAACACAAUUGGAAAAUAUUAUUAAACAUUUUCCAAAUGUAAAAAUUUUAUUUUUGAGUUUUACAAAACUUAAACAUAUUGAGACGGCGAGUCAGGUUAUUUUCAAAAUAUUAUUAAUACUCAAACAUCUCUUUUGUUUAAAUUUGGACAAUGUACAAGGGACAGAAACACAUUUAAAACAGAUCAUGUGUCAUAGACGAUGUCAGUUUCAAGUUAAACGACGAUCGCUCAAAAUAUGGAUGUAA